CAUUGGCCGGUCCCUGCGCCUCGGCCCGCGGGGUCGCCUGAGAGGCCGCCGAGUCCGGGAGCCCGCCAUCGCAGUUUCCCGCCUCCUAACUCUGUCUGUCUUGGCCGGUCCUGACGCUUCCGCCCCAUUAACCUGAACGCCCGGGCCGCCUCCUGAGGCCCACUUUGCGGGGCAGCCCCGCGAGCCUGCAGCGCUGGGGCUCGGCGGACAGGGUGUGACCUUGGGCAAAUCUUGCUUGCUGGCCUCAGUUUCCCUAUCUGUACCAGGGAGUUGGGGGCGGGAAGUGAAUUUAAUGAGCAGAAUAUCCGCCUCCCAGCUCUCACAUCCUGAGGCUUUGUGACAAUGCUGGGCAGGACCGGGGCAUGAGAGGGUCCUUAACCGUCCCCACAUACACUGUUCCUCGCAGGUCUUAGCCAUGAACUCCCCUGGAGGAAGGAGGCAGGAAACCACAGGACCCAGGGGUAGAAGGGCUCACAGACCCCGGGAACAGGUGCGCCCACCCCACCCUCACCCCCACUUUCUUGGUGGGAGGGUAGAGGAGGACGACUUGAUGCCCUGGCUCCCUGGAAUAUGCUGGUGGGGUGGGAGUGGCCCCGGGGCCACCUCUGGGCUCUUACAGGACCGAGAUGUGCAGCUGUCCAAGGCUCUGUCCUAUGCCCUGCGGCACGGGGCCCUGAAGCUGGGGCUUCCCAUGAGGGCUGAUGGCUUCGUGCCCCUCGGUGCCCUCCUGCAGCUGCCCCAGUUCCACAGCUUCUCGGCUGAAGACGUGCAGCGCGUGGUGGACACCAACGGGAAGCAGCGGUUUGCCCUGCAGCCAGGGGAGCCGGGCACUGGCCUUCUCAUCCGGGCCAAUCAGGGUCACUCCCUGCAGGUACCUGAGUUGGAGCUGAUGCCCCUGGAGACCCCAGAGGCCUUUCCCCUGAGGCUUGUCCAUGGCACAUUCUGGCAGCACUGGCCAUCCAUCCUGCUCAAGGGCCUGUCCUGCCGGGGAAGGACCCAUAUCCACCUGGCCCCGGGACUGCCUGGAGACCCUGGUGUCAUCAGUGGCAUGCGGCCAAAUUGCGAAGUGGCUGUGUUCAUUGACGGGCCCCGGGCCCUGGCAGAUGGAAUCCCCUUCUUCCGCUCUGCCAAUGGAGUGAUCCUGACUCCAGGGAAUGCUGAUGGCUUCCUGCUUCCCAAGUACUUCAAGGAGGCUCUGCAGCUACGCCCUACCCGAAAGUCCCUCUCCUUGGCUGGUAAUGAAGAGGAGACGGAGUGUCAGAGUGACCCCAAGCACAGCCCCAGAGGAAGGAUGAUCCAACAAUAAAAUAUUUAUUUA